GAUGAUGAUGAUGUUGAUGAUGAUGAUAAUGAUGAUGAUGAUAAUGACGAAUCGGACGAUGAUGAUAAAGAUGACGUUGCUCAUGAUUCGUAUGAUGAUGAUGAUGAUGAUGAAGAUGAUGACUCGGAUGAUGUUAAUGAUGAUGAUGUUGAUGAUUCGGAAGAUGAUGAUGAUGAUGAUAAUGACGAUUCGGAUGAUGACGAUGAUGUUGAUGAUUCGGAUGAUGAUGAUGAUGAUUCGGAUGAUGAUGAUGUUGACGAUGAUGAUGAUGAUGAUGAAGAUGAUGAUGAUUUCCAUGAUGAUGAUGAUGUUAAUGAUUCGCAAGAUGAUCAUGAUCAUGAUUCUGAUGAUGAUGAUAAUGAUGCUGAUGAUGAUCAUGACGACUCAACUCAUGAUGAUGAUUACGAUUCAAAUGAUGAUGAUGAUGAUGAUGAUGAUUCCCCGGAUGACGUUAGUGAUGAUGAUUCGGAUGUCGAUGAUGAUGAUUCGAAUCAUGAUGGUGAUGUUGAUUCGAUUGAUGAUGAUGAUGAAGAUGAUGAUGAUGACGAUUCGGAUGAUGAAGAUGAUGAUGAUGAUGAUGGUGAUGUUUCGCAUGAUGAUGAUGAUGAUGAUGAUGAUGAUGAUGAUGAUGAUGAUGAUGAUGAUGGUGAUGAGGAUGAUGAUGAUUCGAAUGAGGAUAAUGAUGAUGAUGAUGAUUCGGAUGAUGAUGAUGAUAAUGAUUCGAAUGAUGAUGAUGAUGAUGAUGAGUCGCAUGAUGAUGAUUCGGAUGAUGAUGAUGAUGAUACGAAUGAUGAUGAUGAUGAUGAUGGUGAUGAUGAUGAUGAUGAUGAUUAUGAUACGAAUGAUGAUGAUGAUGAUGAUGGUGAUGAAGAUGAUGAUGAUAAUUUUGAUGAUUAUGAUGAUAAUGAUUCGGAUGGUGAUGAUGAUGAUUCGAAUGAUGAUGGUGAUGAUGAUGAUGAUGAUGAUGAUGAUGAUGAUGAUGAUGAUGAUGAUGAUGAUGAUGAUGAUGAUGAUGAUGAUGAUGAUGAUGAUGAUGAUGAUGAUGAUGAUGAUGGGAUGAUGGUGAUGAUGAUGAUGAUGAUGAUGAUGAUGAUGAUGAUGAUGAUGAUGAUGCGGAUGAUGCUGAUGAUGAUGAUGAUGAUGAUGAUGAUGAUGAUGAUGAUGAUGAUGAUGAUUAUGAUGAUGAUGAUGAUGAUGAUGAUGAUGAUGAUGAUGAUGAUGAUGAUGAUGAUGAUGGGAUUAUGA